AUGUCAUGCACUCUCUAUCAUUUUUAUAGUCCAACUAAACAAAACACCGACCGACACGCGCCCAAUUUUUUCGGUAAUACGAGAAACUUGAAUAUCAAUACCGACCUCCUAAUUUUUCCCGGUUUUCUCGUCUUCUCCCUUCCUUCUCAUAUCCUCUUUUCUUCUCCUCUUACUAAUACUUACUGUUCACUUGUUACUCUCCUUUUACUACUGCUAACUGUUCUCCUUCCUUCUCUGAAAUUAUUUUUUCUCCUUUUACUGCUGCUUGAUUUUCUCCUUAUUUCCAAUCUCCUCUUACUACAGCUAACCGUUCUCUUUCUUUUCCCUUUCUUUUCCUUUCCUCUUACUACCACUAAACGCUUCUUUUGUAUCCUACUAAUAAACUUUUUUCUUUCUCUUAUCUUCUUUUUUUUUCUCUCUCUUAUUACUCCUUUUAUCUUUUCUUUUAUUUUCUUUUUUUGUCGUCUUCCUAUUGUUUUCUCCCUCUUUAUCUUAUUUUCUCUCUCCUCUUACUAUUCCUUCCUGCUGUUAUUCCCACUUUCUCUCCUCUUAGCACUGCUUUUGCCUUUCGGCAUUACUUUUCUUCAUCGUCUGCUUUUACUUUCUUUCUUCGUCUCUGACUUCUCUUACUAG